AUGCCAGCAGAAGCACCGUUAUUAGACCAAUCUCAUCUUAAACCGGGUCAUAAAGCCUCGUUAUUGUCUCAUUCACAAACUUUAGAACUAUACAGACAAAAUGCUAAAAAGACGAAUGAUCCUGACCUUCAAUUUGAAUUUGCGGCUUUUAUGGUAGAAGCUUCAAGAGCCAUGAACGACGAAGAAGCAAAAAAAAGAGACGACCUAGUUAAAGAAGGUUUAGCUCUUUUAAGAAAAUUAGCUGAUAGAGGCCAUGCUAAUUCACAAUAUUAUCUUGCAGAUUGCUUUGCAAGUGCUAUAGGUACUUCAAAGAAUAAACCUGAUUUUGACAAAGCCUUUCCUCUGUUUGUACAAUCUAGUAAACAUGGUCACCCUGAUGCUGCUUAUCGCGCUGGUGUUUGUUAUGAACAGGGUUGGGGAUGUAAAAAAGAUUUUGCAAAAUCCGAACAAUUUUUCAAAAAAUCAGCAUCAGCUAGUCAUCCCGGAGCAUUGUAUAGAUUGGGUAUUGCUGAAUUAAAGGGGGAAUUAGGAUUAGCCAAAAAUCCUCGCGAUGGUGUAAGAUAUCUCAAGAGAGCAGCAGAAAAUGCGAAUGAAGAAUUUCCACAUGCGUUACAUGAAUUAUCAGAACUUCAUGAGAAGGGUAUUGAUAAUGUAUGUUUUGUAGAUAUAGAAUAUGCGGUACAAUUACUUAUAGAAGCGGCAAAUUUAAAUUAUGCACCAUCAGCGUUUAAAUUAGGAGAAUACUAUGAAUACGGUAAAAUGGGAUGCACACAAGAUGCCGCUCUAUCGAUUCAUUAUUAUACUAUUGCAGCACAACAAGAUCACAGAGACGCUUGUUUCGCUUUAACAGCUUGGUAUCUGGUUGGUAGUCCGGGAAUAUUACCACAAAGUGAUACAGAAGCUUAUUUAUGGGCGAAAAGAGCUGCCGAAAAAGGGUUACCUAAAGCUGAAUAUGCUGUUGGAUAUUUUACCGAAGUAGGUAUCGGUGUUAAAAAAGAUCAAUUGGAUGCGAAUAAGUGGUAUCGUCGUGCUGCUGAACAUGGUGAUAAAAGAGCUCAACAAAGAUUAAAAGGUGGUGUUCCUAUUGAUGAAAAAAAACCUAAGAGAGAUGAUUUAAUUAAAAUAGUACUAGCGCAAGAUUCGAAAAAUUAUGCGAUACCAGCACCAACAGACAUACCAGGUAUUCCACAACCAAGCCCUGACCAAACAAAUUACGAAUACUCAAAAUUAUUAUCAUACUCAUUAUAUUUUUAUGAGGCACAACGAAGUGGAAAAUUACCUCCCGAUAAUCGAGUAACUUGGAGAGGUGACUCGGGAUUACAAGAUGGUAGUGAUAAAAAGGUCGAUUUAGAAGGAGGUUAUUAUGAUGCUGGAGAUCAUUUAAAAUUUACUUUUCCAUUAUCAUGGACCCUUUCAUCAAUAUCGUGGGGUGCUUAUGAAUGGUAUGAAGGAUAUCAAACUGCUGGGCAAGCUACUCAAAUAAGAGAUAUGAUUAAAUGGGGAACUGAUUGGUUAAUCAAGGCACACUCCGAACCGGAAGUUUUAUAUGUUAUGGUAGGAACAGCGGACGUCGAUCAUAAUUAUUGGGGUCCUGACACUGGCAUACCAUUACCAAGGCCUUCUUUUAAUGUAAAUAAUUCUUCACGUGGAACUGAUGCAACAGCGGAAGCGGCUGCUGCCAUGGCAGCUGCAUCUUUAUUCUUUAAAGAUAAAGUACAAGAUGUAGAUUACGCUAAUACAUUAUCUUUUCAUGCUAAACAAUUAUACGAAUUUGCAAUCGAAACACCAUUUGAAACAUAUCAAACAUCCGUUAAAGAGGCUGUUGACUUAUAUUCUUCAAAUAGUUACAAAGAUGAAUUGGUAUGGAGUAGUCUUUGGUUAUACAAAUUAACAAAAGAUCCAACAUAUUUUGAUAAUGCGGUAAAUUUCUUUAAAGAAUUUAAAUUAUCUGGACAAGUUGAUGUGGUUAAUUGGGAUGAUAAAACUUGUGCAUCAUAUAUUUUAUUUGUACAAUGUGCUAUAGAAUUAAAAAGGAAUGAUAUCGACACUUGGAAAGGUGAAGCAGAAAAAUUUUUAGAUGCUGUAAUAUCUCCUGACGAUCCAUGUCGUUUCACGAAAGGUGGAUUAUAUUUUUGUGAAGGUGACAGUGAUGCCGCUUCUUUGAAUCCCGCAUUAAAUGCUGCUUUCGUGUCACUAUUAUAUGCCCCAUUAAGUUCGUCCGAUUCUAAGAAAGAUAAUUAUAUCAAGUUUGCCACAUCACAAAUGAAUUACUUAUUAGGAGAUAAUCCCAUGAAGACGCCUUAUAUUGUAGGAGUUCAUCCAAAUUCUCCUAAAGAUCCUCAUCAUUCGGGUGCACAUGGGGGUACCGAUAUAAAUAACCCACGUGAGAAUAUGCACAUUCUUUAUGGAAGUAUUGUAGGUGGUCCCGGUAAAAAUGACAAGUAUAAAGAUGAUAGAAAGGAUUAUAAACAAUCUGAAGUUGCUCUAGAUUAUAAUGCUCCCUUUCAAAGUUUAAUGGCUUAUCAAGUUAUUAAUGCAAAAGAAGAUCCGUUUUAUGUUACUUUACCUCCUGGAAGACCUCAAACAAAUGUUGCUCUCAUCGUUUCAUUGGUGUUUCUUUUCUUAAUUCUCUUUGGUAUCGGUGGUGGUUUUGUUUAUUGGAAAAAAUUUAAAAAUCGUAAAUAA